GGCGCGACACCACCAAGCGGCGGCAGCGGCGCCUCGCUCCUUCCCCCUCCCCGCCCGUUGCGCCCGUUGCGUCUCGCCUCCCUCUAUUGUUACCUCCUCUCUCUCGUCCCACCGCGACCACAUCGCUCGUACGGCAACGGCUCGCCGAGUGCCGUCGCUCUCUCGCCCUGCUGCUGCCGGGGCUGUCGUCUCGCUCCCAAAAUCUUCGCCAUUGUUGAGACUUUUUUCGUUCUCCUCGCGGCCUCCCGACCCCCUCCCCAUCGCAUCCGCGCCUUCGCCCGACUUCGCGGAGUCCGCGACAACCAAACAACAACAGCAGCAGCAGCGGUAACAACAACCGCCGAGAAACAGGCGAUCGUUCCAGCAUGGGCUGCACGCUGAGCACCGAGGACAAGGCGGCCGUGGAGAGGUCGCGCAUGAUCGACAGGAACCUUCGAGAGGACGGGGAGAAGGCGUCCCGAGAGGUCAAGCUGCUUUUGCUCGGUGCUGGAGAAUCGGGGAAGAGCACCAUAGUGAAGCAGAUGAAAAUUAUUCACGAGGCUGGCUACACAGAGGAGGAAUGUAAACAGUACAAGGCUGUAGUGUACAGCAACACCAUCCAGUCGGUCAUCGCCAUCAUCAGGGCAAUGGGAAACCUGAGAAUUGAUUUUGGGGAUGCUGGACGGGCGGAUGAUGCGCGGCAGCUGUUUGUGCUGGCGGGGUCGGCGGAAGAUGGGCUGAUGACACCCGAGCUGGCGCAAGUCAUCAAGCGGCUGUGGGCAGAUCCGGGCGUGCAGGCGUGCUUUCGGCGAGCCCGCGAGUACCAGCUCAAUGACUCGGCUGCAUACUACCUGAACGACCUGGAAAGGAUCUCGCAGCCAAGCUACGUGCCUACGCAGCAGGAUGUGCUGCGUACGCGGGUGAAGACCACCGGCAUCGUGGAGACUCACUUCACAUUCAAAGACCUUCACUUCAAGAUGUUUGAUGUUGGUGGACAGCGGUCCGAGCGCAAGAAGUGGAUCCACUGCUUUGAAGGGGUGACGGCCAUCAUCUUCUGCGUGGCACUCAGUGCCUACGACCUGGUGCUGGCUGAGGAUGAAGAGAUGAACCGCAUGCACGAGAGCAUGAAGCUGUUCGACAGUAUCUGCAACAACAAGUGGUUCAUAGAGACGUCAAUCAUCCUGUUUCUCAACAAGAAGGACCUGUUUGAGGAGAAGGUUAUCCGGAGCCCUCUCACCAUCUGCUACCCGGAAUACACAGGAGGGAACACUUACGAAGAGGCCGCCGCGUACAUCCAGACGCAGUUUGAGAACUUGAACAAGCGGAAGGAGUCCAAGGAGAUUUACACCCACUUCACUUGCGCCACAGACACCAAGAAUGUACAGUUUGUGUUUGACGCAGUCACCGAUGUAAUAAUCAAGAAUAACUUAAAGGACUGCGGUCUUUUCUAGGCUUGCUCUGAAAACACACUCAUGGUAAAACAUUGUUCUUGUGAUGAUGAUGAUGAUGAUGAAGUGAUGAGGGUUAGUAAUGGUCCAUGCCAUAAAGAAAAAACACUUCGUUUAUUUUGUAAUUCAAGUGCACCUUUUUCAGAAAUUUCAAUUAACACAGAAGCCAGCGGUAGUAUGAUAAUGGUUCAGCGUACUCCAUUGUUCUGCACGACCCUCUGUCCCAUCCAGUGUGUGACGACAGUUGUGACGAAGUAAGCCUCUCCCAACCCUGUGCAUGUGAGCGAUGUGGCUUGCGUGUGUGGUGCAGCCUUGACUCGGAGAAGUCUGGGGCGGAACAUCGGAGCCUCGCGAGUCCCUUCUCCAAUCUGGCAGCUGAAACGUAGCGCUGCACCACCGCGCUAUCCACCGCCGUGCGCCGGCACGUUACUCUGCUGCACUCAUUUGGUAAAUUAUCUUAUCGGAAGAAAACGAAAUUUUCAUUAAGCCGGAGCUUAAAAAAUUUAUGUUUUCUACGUAAACAAAAUGUGCCGAUCAUCCACCAAUUUACACGUUUGUAAAAUAUCUUAGUUUGUCAGCGAUGUGCACGUUUCACAAUUUUCCUGAAGUGUCAAGUUUAAGCCGUGCUUCACCUUUUCCCGUGACAUCUGCGUUACACUUGUGAUUCUGUUGCAAUGAGGCGCUGAACAAGAGUGUGAGAGGAGAGAAUUGAGUCGAAACUCCUCCAAUAUCCACCCAAAGGUUUGUAAGAGACCAACAUCCCACACCCCGCCCGCUUAACUUCCUCUGUAUUUUGCACCUCGUGUGCUCCCUAAUCGGUCAGGAGUCUUCAUUCCCAAAAUCCUCAGCUCUUAUUUUCAGUCACUUUAUAAGGCAAGGUGGGCCGCCAAGUUCAGAACCUUUGGUCCAGGGGCUCGGUGUGUCUCGUAAAUGCACACACUGCAGUCUGUAAAGGCACGUAUUUUUCUUCACAGAUUAAUCAACUCUAGUGAGCUACUCCUGCCACAUCACAGUUUAGGGUCAGAGUAGCCAUUGCAAGUUUUAAUUUUUUUGCAUUUUUCUACAAUUCAGAGUUGUGCUGCUGAAGGUAGUGUGGAUACGGAGCAACACUUUUCUAUUGCAAAACUUAGGGCAGCAGAUUCUGUCUCAUUGCAAAUGCCUUCAUUGGUAACCUCCACGACCAAUAUGUUGUGUUAUCAAUUUUUUUAAGCGAAUUAGUCGAUUAUUUCUGUACCCAGUUGCCAUACAGUCGCAAAUUUUAACCCUCGCUAGACCAAGUUAUUCCUUGGAGCCGACGUUGUUAGUAUUUUUUGUGCGCGCAGGCAAUUGACCAAGCUGAGAAUGUCGAGUCGCUAGCGUGAAUGGCUGGCCUAAGUGCGACAAGCACCAAGUCAGAGGUGCGGAGGCCAACGCUGACCCUGUGCGUUGGGUAUCCGUGAGCCGAGCGGCUGUGCGUGUGCUGUGGUGGUGUGUGCGGUAAACAAAAUUUUACUCGCCAUUAGGAUCCAUUAAGUUAAAAGUAUUUGAUAAGAUUGCCAUAUCUAUCUAUCUCUCUCUCCACAUUGAAGUUGGAAACCUGGAACCUAACCUUUAAGGGACUGUAAGCUUCCUUUGAAGUUCAUUAUGCUCGAAGCAUUUCUCACCUCGUGCAGUGCAAACUCGCUGGUCGUUCACGCUGGCGGGCGACCCACAUCCUUGUGCGUAAUUGGAACACGCCACUUAAUGAACGGCCGCACAGAAUGUGUCGUAAACCGUCGUGUAGGAUUCCUUCGUCCUUUUCAUUGCGUCAUGCGGAUCCCAUUGUGAUGUGUCGCCAACAUUGCAGGUAACGGGUGUCUUGUAGAAAACUACUGGCAGCAGCGUUUGGAUGGAUAGGUAGACUGCGUGUAAAGAGCAGUUCUUUGUCUUUUAGGAACCGCCUUUCGCUGUCGGUCGCUCUGCAAUCCUGAAUGCAUUCUCGGCAGAUACGCAAGCCAGUGUGGAUGGUCCGAACACACGGUGCCCAUUCCACUUUACUGUGGACAACCCAGAGUAAUCACAUUUGAAUUGAAGAGAACCAGCAAAUAACACGUGGCAAUUAUGCACGAGUUCUUUAUAAAGGUUAAACGUUGCAUUUCAGCACUGCAAAAUAAUAUUUUCAUAUGAAGAUUGGUUCGCGAGUGUCUUUUUGAUUCCUUUCAAUGAUGUCCCUUGCUGGCGAUGCCAUGAAUAUACAUCUAACGCACUGUGCCGCGUGCUCCUGCAUUACUUGUCCAAUAUUUGUUUUCCACAACAGCGCUCCGCGCUUGAUUGUUGCAGGAACGACCGAUGAGAUGAUCGCUCAGCAGGUUGCUUGUGUGGCCAGGGAGCAGCCGGCCGAGGACAGAAUCUCAUUCAACAGAUGGUUUUAUUUUGUAUUGACCGUACCUUUGUUAACCUUGAUACGUUGUAUGCAUUUCGCUCUCUUAAUCUUUGCCUUAUACCACAACGAUUCCAUAAUUUCAAUUAGGCUAGGCUAGUGUUAAGCUUUAAUGUUUGACGCUUUGUGAAAAUACUUUGGUCCACUUUGAUUUUCAUUGAAUUUAGUUUCGCCGACUUUGUGUUUCACAAGGUUGAGCACGAAGCUCGUAGGUUGGUGUCGUCGUGUCUGGAGCUGGCUUGUGUCCUGGAGCAUCACACGCUUGGUGCAAGCCGGUGUGUGUGCAUGUGUGCGUGUGUGCGUGCUUAACCAUGAUUGUUUUUUUUUGCUCUUGCCUUCAUAAAUCAGCCAUGUUUAAAAUUAGCCAUAUUUAUGGGCGAUUUCCUCUUGACCGUUCACGAAAAUGUACUUUGAUUGACCCUACUGUGCAUGUCUGCAAUGCCUUUUCACUGUGUCAAUGUUUUGCCUCAACACGGGCAUUGUGCACAUUUUUACGUGACCUUAACUACUCGCGACAUUCCGUGCACGCGUGCGUGCCGUGUCAUCUCGUGACGGAGUCUCUUCUGCUUUUAACUGGAUGCCGACACCAACUCGGAGACCAAUUUUUUUUUAAAUCCACCUCGUUUUUCUUUGGCUUCUUCGCGACUUGUGUACAUUGCUUUUAACACGAAGCUUAAAUACGCCUUUUGUGAAAAUGUGUUGCUGUUAACAAUAAAGAAUUUCAACACUUUGA